UGGAAAUGAAGAGCGGGCAGGCAAGGAGACUCCGGGCUAGGGUAGCAUUUGGAGUUUUUUAGGCGUGGGAGUUUCAGGGGCGUCGGGGUCGCGAGCUGUGUGCUAGUUCUGCCAAGAGCUCCCCGGACAGGGCCGGGGGCCGGGGUGUUUUCACACACCUGCUUGUGUGUUUGUGUUUUUUGAAGGGGAGUGGUGUGUAGGGAAGGGAGGGGGAAUGGACAGAAUCCUGACUGGAAGGUUAAUUGGAGCGGUUCGGAAACCUAGAGAAUAGUAAUUUCCACGUUCUUCCUUUGGUUGCUGCGUCGGGUUAACCGCACUUUCGAACGCUCAAUUUGGAAGUCGUUUUUAGUGUGUGUGAAGAAAUUUGACCGAAUUCAGGGGUGAGAGUGUGAUCCAAUCCGAGUGCACGUUGAUUGGGGCACGCAAUCCGGUCACUGUUUACGAUGGAAUUUCUGAAGACUUGUGUGCUUAGAAGAAAUGCAUGUACUGCGGCUUACUUGUGGAGGAGCAAAAUUGCACAAAGGCCUUCAGUUAGAAAGAUCAGCACUACCUCGCCAAAGAGCACUGUCAUGCCCGCUUGGGUGAUAGAUAAAUAUGGGAAGAAUGAAGUGUUGCGAUUCACUCAGAACAUGAUGAUACCCAUCAUACACUAUCCAAAUGAAGUCAUUAUCAAAGUCCAUGCCGCGAGUGUAAACCCUAUAGAUGUUAAUAUGAGAAGUGGUUAUGGAGCUACGGCGUUAAACAUGAAGCGGGAUCCUUUACACAUUAAAACCAAAGGGGAAGAGUUUCCGCUGACCCUGGGGCGGGAUGUCUCCGGAGUGGUGAUGGAGUGUGGGCUGGAUGUGAAGUACUUCAAGCCUGGAGAUGAGGUCUGGGCCGCAGUCCCUCCUUGGAAACAAGGCACUUUCUCAGAGUUUGUCGUCGUCAGUGGGAAUGAGGUGUCUCACAAGCCCAAGUCACUCACUCAUACUCAAGCUGCCUCUUUGCCGUAUGUGGCACUCACAGCCUGGUCUGCCAUAAACAAGGUUGGCGGGCUGAAUGACAAGAAUUGCACAGGAAAACGUGUCUUAAUCUUGGGUGCUUCAGGUGGAGUUGGUACUUUUGCUAUACAGGUAAUGAAAGCGUGGGGUGCUCAUGUGACGGCAGUUUGCUCUCAAGAUGCCAGUGAACUUGUAAGGAAGCUUGGGGCAGAUGAUGUAAUUGAUUACAAAUCUGGAAGUGUGGAAGAACACUUGAGAUCCUUAAAACCGUUUGAUUUUAUCCUUGAUAAUGUGGGUGGAUCCACUGAAACAUGGGUUCUAAAUUUUCUCAAGAAAUGGUCAGGAGCCACCUAUGUGACUUUGGUGACUCCCUUCCUCCUGAACAUGGACCGGUUGGGCAUAGCAGAUGGCAUGUUGCAGACAGGAGUCACCAUGGGUUCUAAGGCAUUGAAGCAUUUCUGGCAAGGAGUGCAUUAUCGCUGGGCCUUUUUCAUGGCCAGUGGUCCAUGUCUGGAUGAAAUUGCGGAACUGGUGGAUGCGGGAAAGAUCCGGCCCGUUAUUGAACAAACCUUCCCUUUCUCUAAAGUUCCAGAAGCCUUCCUGAAGGUGGAGAAAGGACACGCACGAGGAAAGACCGUAAUUAAUGUUGUCUAAAUAAACUCCAGUGUUGUGAA